UAUUAUUAUUCAUCUUCUUAAACCCCUCUUAUCCGAACUAUGUUUCUCCUCUCUCCCCCAGCUCCUCCUCUAUUCAAACCUCACUCAUUUCCCUCCAUAAACGGCGUCGUUUGCUCUACCACAGUGGAAAAGAAAUCACGAAGGAAGAAACAACCGCAUCAACAAAAGCAACAGCUAGAAAAAAAUGACAAUUCAAUCCUCCCCGCUGUCAUUACCGCCGCAGAAAAGACCCUCCGUUUCAACUUUAUGGAAGAACUCAUGGACCGCGCAAGAAAUCGCGAUGCGGUCGGUGUAUCCGACGUCAUUUACGAUAUGGUUGCUGCAGGUUUAAGCCCUGGUCCACGCUCAUUUCACGGUUUAAUCGUCGCCUAUUGUCUCAAUGGCGACAUCGAAGGCGCGAUGCAAUCACUAAGAAGAGAGUUAAGUCAAGGAAUUAGGCCUCUACACGAAACGUUUCUUGCGUUAAUUCGUCUGUUUGGAUCAAAAGGUCAUGCUUCUCGAGGCUUAGAGAUUCUCGCUGCUAUGGAAAAGCUCAAAUAUGAUAUUCGCUUGGCUUGGAUUGUUCUUGUUGAGGAGCUUGUUAAGAAUAAGUAUAUGGAAGAUGCGAAUAAAGUGUUCUUGAAAGGUGCUAAGGGUGGACUGAGGGCUACUGAUGAGUUAUACGAUUAUAUGAUUGAGGAAGAUUGUAAAGUUGGUGAUCAUUCAAAUGCUUUGGAAAUUGCUUAUGAAAUGGAGGCGGCUGGACGGAUGGCUACAACUUUUCAUUUUAAUUGUCUUCUUAGUGUUCAAGCUACUUGCGGAAUACCUGAAAUAGCUUUUGCUACAUUUGAGAACAUGGAAUAUGGAGGAGAAGAAUAUAUGAAACCUGAUACUGAGACAUAUAAUUGGGUUAUUCAAGCGUAUACAAGAGCUGAAUCUUAUGAUAGGGUGCAAGAUGUUGCUGAGUUGCUUGGCAUGAUGGUUGAAGACCACAAACGUUUGCAACCUAAUGUCAGAACAUAUGCGCUGUUAGUUGAGUGCUUUACCAAGUACUGUGUAGUUCGCGAAGCUAUUCGGCAUUUUCGUGCACUCCAAAACUUCGAAGGAGGUACAAAAGUUUUACAUUAUGAUGGGAACUUUGGGGAUCCACUUUCUUUGUAUCUUCGGGCUUUAUGUCGAGAAGGUAGGAUAGUUGAGUUGCUAGAAGCUUUAGAGGCAAUGGGCAGAGAUAAUCAACCUAUUCCACCAAGAGCCAUGAUAUUGAGCAGAAAAUAUCGGACAUUAGUUAGCUCAUGGAUUGAACCAUUGCAAGAAGAAGCUGAGCUUGGUUAUGAGAUUGACUAUGUUGCUAGGUAUGUUGCUGAGGGUGGGCUUACAGGUGAACGUAAGCGAUGGGUACCCCGAAGAGGGAAAACUCCUCUAGAUCCUGAUGCUGCUGGCUUUAUAUAUUCAAACCCUAUGGAAACUUCAUUUAAGCAAAGGUGUAUUGAGGAUUGGAAGGUGCACCAUCGGAAGCUUUUGAGAACCUUACUGAAUGAAGGCCUUGCAGCUUUGGGGGAGGCAUCAGAGUCUGAUUAUCUAAGAGUAGUAGAGAGAUUGAAGAAAAUUAUCAAGGGUCCUGACCAAAAUGUUCUUAAGCCCAAGGCUGCUAGUAAGAUGGUAGUAUCUGAAUUAAAAGAAGAGCUAGAAGCACAAGGUCUGCCUAUUGAUGGAACUAGGAAUGUUCUUUACCAGCGAGUACAAAAAGCAAGGAGGAUAAAUCGUUCUCGUGGUCGACCCCUUUGGGUUCCUCCUGUCGAGGAGGAAGAAGAAGAGGUUGAUGAAGAGCUGGAUGAAAUAAUUUCACGGAUAAAGCUUGAAGAAGGAAAUACAGAGUUCUGGAAACGCCGUUUUCUUGGAGAAGGCUUGAAUGGUAGUAACUUGCAGCCUAUGAAUGUGGCCAAAUCAGAACUUCCAGAUGUGUUGGAUGAUGUGGAUGCGAUAGAAGAUGCCGAUAAAGAGGUUGAAGAUGAGGAAGCUGAUGAUGAAGAGGAAGCAGAAGCAGAAGUAGAAGUAGAGCAAACUGAGAACCAAGAUGUGGACAGGGUUGUUAAGGAGAAGGAAGUUGAAGCUAAGAAGCCUCUUCAGAUGAUUGGAGUCCAAUUGCUGAAAGAUUCUGAUCAUUUAACUACAAGAUCAAAGAAAUCCAAAAGAAGGUCUGCUCGGGCAUCAGUGGAGGACGACGCCGAUGAUGACUGGUUUCCUGAGGAUCCAUUUGAGGCAUUCAAGGAACUAAGGGAAAGAAAAGUUUUUGAUGUAGAAGACAUGUAUACGAUUGCUGAUGUAUGGGGUUGGACGUGGGAGAGAGAAAUAAAGAACAGGCCACCACAGAAAUGGUCACAAGAAUGGGAAGUUGAGUUGGCAAUUAAACUGAUGCUGAAGGUGAUAGAAUUAAGUGGAACUCCUACAAUUGGAGAUUGUGCCAUGAUAUUGCGUGCAGCUAUUAGGGCUCCUAUGCCCUCAGCAUUCUUGAAGAUCUUGCAGACCACACACAGCCUAGGCUACACUUUUGGGAGCCCUCUAUAUGAUGAAGUAAUCUCCUUGUGUCUAGACAUCGGAGAACUAGAUGCAGCAAUUGCAAUAGUUGCUGACUUGGAGAGUACUGGAAUCACUGUUCCAGACCAAACACUUGACCGGGUGAUUUCUGCAAGACAGGCAGCGGACAACCCUGUAGAUGAGACAUCUCCUUCAUAGAUGAGACAAAUGCCCCUUCCAAUCUUCCUGUUGUACAGUCAAUGAGGUGGGUUUUACCACUAGCAAUCUUUUGCAGCGCUCAGGAAAUGUGAGUUGAAUUAGGCAGUUGUGGUGAGCAAGUGUAUAUCAUAAUGGCAAAUCAAAGAUUCUGUUUCACCCCUGUGCCAUAAGAUGUGCCGUUUGUGCUCAUUCGGACGGUGAAUUCAUGAGUCUUCUAUCGUUUAAAGCUGAGGAUAUGCGGCUUAAUCAAUUUAUAAACUUCGAUCGAAGUUCUUUUUGUAGGAAAGAGAGGUAUUUCUACAGGCGAUUGCACUGUUUUUGUCUCGAA